UCUCCAUAGUCCAGGAGAAGGCUUGUAACCCGCUUGCAUCUGGGACUCGAGAACAAAGCCUUUUAGAAAGUUUCCAAGCUUGGCAACCACAGCCUGGCAUUUUUUGUCUGACCUCUGCUUUUGGGAAAUGAGAAGGAAAAAGAGGGGCAGGGUUCAUGACUCGUCAUUCUUUCCACAUAUUUGAAUUUGAAGUCUGGGAUUUGGGAUUUGUUUUGUACUUUCUGUAUUAGUGUAUGAGUGAGUGAGCAAUGCUGCAGGGGGUCUAGAACCAACUGCUCUGUUAGUGGUGGUACAUUCAUCAUCUCAUCCAGAAUGCUCUACUGUGAAUGUUCUGUCUUGCAAAGGCUUGUUUGAUGAACAGAAGUACCUGUUAGGUGUCUGGGAACUCCAUUCCCACUAUAGACCAGAGCGAGACAAAGUUAUUUUACCUGUGGAUUGGAAUUGCUACAGGUCAGCAGAGGAGUGCAAGUACUACAUUAAUUCAAGCAGUAAAGAAACAACGUGGGAAAUGCCGUCUACUUUAGCUACAAAGACUAACUACACACACAAAACCUCAGUAAAUGAAUCACAGUCUACUGACAUUCCUGCGAAGCGACUGGAGAAGGUAGACAGGAUGGUGCGGAAAGCCAGAGUGAACAGCCAGAGCCCCGGGUCCCUCUCACCGGCCAGGAGACAGAACAAGGAGAAGGAAAUCAAGGAGACCAAAACCACAAUCAACUUCGUCACAUUCCCAUUGGCACAGUCUACGCCUGAGCAGCAACUCCUCAAACCCAAUGAGUGGAGCUACUGUGACUAUUUUUGGGCCGAUAAGAAGGACCCUCAGGGGACGACCACGGUAUCGGGCUUCGAGGUUCUACUGCAGAAACAGCUGAAGGGCAAACAGAUGCAGAAAGAGAUGGCUGAAUUCAUUAGGGAAAGAAUAAAGAUUGAAGAAGAGUAUGCCAAGAACCUCUCCAAGCUUUCCCAGAUCCCGCUUGCUGCUCAAGAAGAGGGGACACUUGGAGAGGCUUGGGGCCAGCUAAAGAAGAGUUUGGCUGAUGAAGCAGAGGUCCAUCUCAAAUUCUCCUCAAAGCUUCAGUGCGAGGUGGAGAAGCCACUGCUAACAUUCAGGGGGGACAAUUUCAAGAAGGACAUGAAGAAAUAUGACCACCACAUUGCUGACCUGAGGAAACAGCUGGUCAGUCGUUAUGCUGCCGUAGAGAAGGCCCGUAAGGCUCUGGCAGAUAGGCAGAAGGACCUGGAGGUGAAGACGCAGCAACUGGAGAUCAAACUGAGCAACAAGACUGAAGAGGACAUCAAGAAGGCUCGACGGAAAUCCACUCAAGCAGGUGAUGACCUGAUGCGAUGUGUGGAUCUCUACAAUCAAGCCCAAUCUAAGUGGUUUGAAGAGAUGGUCACAACAAGUUUGGAGUUGGAAAGGCUUGAGGUGGAGAGGGUGGAGAUGAUACAGCAGCACCUGCUCCAGUACACAACUCUACGUCGCGAGACAGACAUGUUCAACCAAAGUACCCUGGAGCCGGUGGACCAGCUUCUUCAGAGUGUGGAUCCAGCCAAAGACAGAGAGCUGUGGGUGCGGGAGCACAAGACAGGGGAUCUGAGACCUGUGGACAUGGACAUUUAGAGGACAUUAACCUUAUAAUAGAAGACAACCACAUCCACACACACACACACACACACACACACACACAAACACAUUACACACUUCACCCAAACUAUUCAAGUCUGCCUGUCUGUCUGUACAACACUUCAUGUUCUCGGCCAAAGCCAUACAGCAUUGUCCCACUCAAGCCAGCAUUUGUAUCGUUCGAUAUCUUUCCAUGGGCAUACAAAUUACAAAGUUAUAAAGAGUGGUGAUAUCAUUAAUAUCAAACAAUUUAUAGGCAGCAUACAUUAAUCUACUCAGCACUUUGUUUUGCAUGAGUAUAAAUCCACCAGCCUUAUUUUACCACAUCAACAAGUUGAUCAAGGUACAUAUGCAUAUACACAAUGCAAGCAGUGAAAUCUUUUCAAAUAAAUUACAGUUAACUCCAUUCAGGCAACAUUCAUGUUGCUAAUAGAAGCACAUACAAAUGGCUAAAUAUGGCAACAUUAUGGAUGCAUGCAUGAAUCAGACCAUUAUUUCUGUCAAAUAAUGGUUUUAAAAAGAACUCAGUUGUUUAUCGUGUUCAAAAAUGCUUUCUACAGGAAAAACUAGCUGCAGUUUGAAAAAGGCAGCAGUUUUAACCUAAGUAACCAGCAUGAUCUCAUUUGUAGAACUUGUGCAGAAUAAUAUUCUAUUAUAGUGUCAUUGUAUAGUUACGUUGUUAAAUCUGUAAUGUAGUAAAAAAAAAAAAAAAAAAUACACAAUUUAUUGCAAUGACAACUACAAUUAAAGUUUUAUUAUACAGUAUUAAUACCCACCUAAAUCUACUACAUGAACUCUUCUUGACAAAAAAAAAAAAAAAAGGCCUGAACAAAAUGCAUUAGCUAGGUACGGAUAUUUUUUAAAAAUAUUUUUGCAGACUUGUUUUGCAAAGAAGCAUGUAGUUCUUUAAAAAAACAAAAAACAAAGGCGGUGAUUAAUAGUUCUAUUUCAUCUACAGAAUAAUAUUUAUGUAAAAAAAAAAAAUUCAGGCCAUUGACUGUGUUCAUAGAGUAUGUGUCUGCAACACUACAUUCGUAAACCCAAUCAUGUAACCUUUCCUAAAGCGAAGCCAAGAAACCUCUUUAUGCAGAACAUAAUCAACUCUGUACAACAUCAAUUUCAUUCUGCUUUCAAGCUCAGCUGGAGAAGUUACUAGAGCUGGUAUUAAGGAUAAAUUUUAGAGUGUACAAACUGCUUUAAUUUAAAUAAAGAAGAAGCCUUUAUUUGUCACAUAUAUAUUACAGUACAUGUAAAUGUACUGUAAUGUACAAUAUAUGUGACAGUAAAUGUGACCUGAUCAUUUGUAUUAUGUACACUCUUAGAAUAAAAUUUUCUUUAAGGCUUUGUUGUAUAAUUAAGGGUUCUUUUCUACUACUCUGAUAAGGAACCACAUAGGAUUUUAAGGAGUCACCCAGAAGGACAACAGCAGAGUCCUUAAGGUUUCUAAAUCAUCUAAGAGUGCAUCAUGUACACCUUUUAGUGCCUAAAGUUAUGUCUUGGAAUGUUCAUGAUAUGUUUUCCGUCUGUACAUGGGUGUAAAUAUGUGUGUGUUGUGUUCCUUUUUUUGGUGUCUGCAAAUAUCAUAAGCAAAAUACUACCCAAAUUCUUGUGCAAUGGUGAAUUAAUGUGGAAUUGUUCACAUAUUGAACCUUGGUUAAACAUUUUUAUAUAAAGACCCAUUUGUGGUAGGCAGCUGAACACUGUAGGCUUGAAACCAUUUAUAUAUUACAUUAGCAAAAUGUAUUGAAUACUAAUUUUCUCAUCAUUUUCACACAGCAGGCCUCAUUUAUCAUGCUGGAUAUGAACAUAUUUAUUUGUAAAUCGUUCACAGGAGCAAUUUAGUUUGGGGGAAAAAACAUUCAUGUCCUACAAGAGCUGAUGAGUUCGUAUAAAUUUAUGUAUGUAAACCUGGAGGGAUUGGCUUCAAAUAGUAUAAACUGAUGGGUUAUUUGAAAGAAAGCAAUCCAAAAUAAAUCCAUAACUUAAGACAAACAAGACUAGUCAUCCAAUAUAAGAUAAACGUAAUAGCAGUCUAUAAAAUGAGGAAGAGUUAGUGUGAGUCUGUUGUAACAGACACACACACUGCAAUGGUUGAGCUACAUUAUUUACAAAAUUUUGUGCACACCUCAUUUAGGUGCGCUUUCACUACGCAGUAUAUCAUGUUGUUGUUUUCAACCAGGUCACUUAUUGCUGAUUGGUAUUUCUCAUCAUAUACACUUCUAGUACAAAGAAAAUCUGCAUUACCAAAAUGUUUAUAAAUCUGGUGGGAAUUUUUAGUAUGGUAUGUCCUACAAAAACCCUUACACACAACUUUACUAAAAGAUUGAUUAAUGAGGCCCAAUGAAAACUGGGGAAAACUUGGAUAUGUAACACAUAGGAUUUGAAUAACAGAAAAGCCAUUUUAAAACCUUUCUGCUGUUUCUAAAUUCAUUUUUUAAAAUCUUUUUAUUAAGCAUUUAUCAAGUGUGUUUAUAUAUAUUGAGGGCCAUGUAAUAAUAACUUACGUAAUAUUAAGUUAAAUGAUAUAUGAUGGACAUUAUUACACUUAGAAAUUGUGAUAAAUACUGGAAUAAGUCUAUUAAGUAGUCAACAGGAAAGCAGCUGCAUGUGUUUACUACAUUCAUUGUUGUUCUGUGUUAAUGUCUUACUGUAAAUGUAUGUGUAGAUAUAAAUCCAUGCAGGGACUCUGAGCAGAAUGGGAUUGAAUGGGGUUGAUGUAAAUAUUGAUGUGUCACCUCAUGAAAGUAACAAAAGAACUACAAGUUUGAACAGUGUUUGGGGUUGUUUAAAUAAAUCAAAUGGGGCACAUGCUCAGGCAUUUUCAGGUAGUACACAGAAGCUUUUCUUUUUUUUAAAAGUAAGUUCAUUUUCUACCAAUUACCAUUCCUCUCUUGCUUAACAUUGGGUGUAGUUGUUUUAACGUUACGCAGUUUUGCAUGUCUAGCAUUGUCUAUUUCUGUAUUACAUGUGGCAUAACUCAAAUACAUACAAACAUUGUGCAUUCAGUGUGUUUAAAAAAAAAAAAAAUGUACCAUUAAAUGUACAUGUGUGUGUGUGUAACUAGAUGCUUUUUAUAUGAUGCUGUAAUUGUUGAUUUAUUUGCUUUCAAAUUAAUGGUCCCCAUUAAUACAACUUGUUUAAGGAAAUCAUCAUGUUUCUGUUUAAUAUGCCCAUAAAAUCACCAAAAUAAAGAAAUAAUAACAAUAAUGUAUUUCAACUACAUUUUAUUUUCCAUAACAACAAGAACAGGAUCAUAGCAUCUUUGUCAAACUCUUGUUAUUACCUCACAUCACCUUAAUAACCCAGCCAUUGUGAUUGGAAAGGACUGAUCCCUUUAAGCAGAUGAAACGUAGCCGUCCUCCUACAACUCCACCAUGUCCAAUCAGCUCCAGCAGCUCAACAUUCCACCCUUGAAACCAGGCCAUGCAUUAGCCUAAUCCAAAGAACGAAGUAAGCCCACGGUGU